GGCAAUUUAUAGUAUAUUUAUUUAUUUUUGUUUUUAGGCAAUAUUAUUAUUUGACUUAAAUUCAAUUAAAAGUAAAACCACAAAGGUGAUUUAAAAUAGUGAGCAAUUUUGCACUGUAGCAAAUCAACUUGACAUUAAAUACAUAAUGCUUGCAUAUAUUAAAUAUAUGGCAUUAUAACAAAAUGCAUGUACAUUUGCAACUGAACUUUAUACCCUUAUAAAAUUCAUGAGCCAUAAUCUUUGUCACGUCAGGAUAUUUGCCCUACAGGGUUUAGUGUCUGGUUUAGAUCAGAUUUUAAAUACCUGGUAAAUCGCAUCCGGUCUAAAUCUGAUUGGCUUGAGUUUAAGGGGAGGGAUCAAGCUGCUAUAAAUACUGAAGUUUUUUUACGUUCGUAAAAUAAUAUAAAUAUAGAGGAUAACGCGAAAACAACACUUCAACGGACAAUUCAAUGAUCACAUCUAAAGCACACUUCGUUUAAGGUCGUGGCAACUUGACAAAAAAAAGUUUUGAAACGUAAUAAAAAUCUCCCAGCACCUGUUGAAGAUGACCUGUGUAAAUGUAAUGUCGAGGUUGGGCACACCGGUCUCAAUGAUGUCCCUUGAUAUGAUGGGGUUCAGGUGCAGGAGCUCUCCAAAUAUAAACCACCACCACCACCACCUGAAGGGGCUGUCCUCACCCAAACCUCUGCGGUCCUGCAUCACCCAUCAUCACCACUCAGAAUUUGAAUACAGGCGCACUCCUUCACGUACCCUAAUUAAAACAAAAACCCACCGACAAGAGAAACGCGUCGCGUUUGCAGACUCCAAAGGACUUUCCCUCAUCACCGUGCGCUUGUUCUCUGAAAAAGACGAGACAUUUUCACCUGAACCCGUUGCGCGUUCUCGAAUAAAGAAGUUAAACUGCGUUAAAGAAACUGUGAAGACGUCCUCGAGUUUGCGUGUGGGCUUUGAACAGCCCUGUCUGGACUAUCAAGCGUUUAGAUGUCGCCUGCAGGAACGCAUGGUGCUGUUGGAGAACUGUAAGGUCACGAGGCGCUCCAUCAUGGGUACCGUGCGCGUCAGGAAUGUCUGCUUUGAAAAAGCCGUAAACAUACGGAUUACCUUUGACACGUGGCGCAGUUACCUGGACGUGCCGUGUACCUACCUGGAUCAGUGCUAUGGGGAACCUGGUACCGACGUGUUCGAGUUUAACGUGACGGUUCCUGAGCAGAUAAAGACGGGAGAGAGGAUCGAGUUUUGCGUGUCUUAUUUACCGGGUGGAUUCGGGGAGGCUUCAUGGGAUAAUAAUGAUGGCAACAACUACUGCAUUCAUGUUUGUGAAGCGUAAAUAUUGAGACAAGCUGUUGCACUGUGACAUUUUAACCUGCUGACACUUUAUGACUUUCUGUGCGUAAACCAACUUGCACGUUUUACCAUCUGACCUGUAGAGUGAAAGUUUAAAGCUAUUACACGCUAUCAGUUCUCAUGAAUUGCAUUUUUAAAAUUUGCCAGUAAGAUCUGGCAUUUUAACAAUUGUUUAUAAAACGUUGCAUACUGAGAAGAAUGUUAUUUAAUAUUUUAUUGUUUUAUAUUCUCAAAUAAAUGACAUUUUAUCUUGUA